CCUCUUCAAUUAACUGCGGGACAUGCGCGCGGGAAGUGCAGCGGAAGUCAAACACAACAGUUUUCAACUCAGUUGAACACCUUUAAACAUACUCGAAUCUUUCGUUGCUGGUUGUUACGAUGGAAGAAAACGGCUUAGAGAUCUCAACUAUCGAGAUGCACACUGGAGGGGAACCACUGAGAAUAAUCGCCUCUGGUUUCCCUGAGAUUAAAGGAGACACCAUUCUAGACAAAAGACGGUACGUUCGAGAAAACCUUGAUCAUCUUCGCAAGCUCUUGAUGUUUGAACCUCGCGGACAUUAUGACAUGUAUGGCGCUGUGAUCGUCCAACCACACAGCGAAAUGGCCGAUUUAGGGGUGAUUUUCAUGCAUAACGAAGGAUACAGCACCAUGUGUGGGCACGCUGUCAUAGCACUCGGUCGCUACGCUGUCGACUCGGGCCUCCUCACUACGGACGUAUCGCGCUCGAGUGUGGGUGAAGUACCUGUCUUCAUCGAGUGUCCUUGCGGCGUGGUAAAAGCCCUGGUCGAUAUAGAAGAAGGCAAAUCGGGCCGUGUUCGUUUUGUUUCUGUUCCAGCUUUUGCUUUUGGACUUGAUGUGGAGAUAAACACGGAGAAGUUUGGCCAAGUAAAAGUUGACAUUGGAUUUGGGGGAGCGUUCUACGCCAUAGUCCCCGCGCAUCGUUUGGGUGUUGAUGUGCGUUCGUCGCGACUCGCUGAUAUUGUGGAAGCUGCUAAUGCGAUUACCAACGCGGGGAAAAGUCAAAUAAAGCUGCACCACCCAGACAGUGAGGAACUAGCUUUUCUUUAUGGUACUAUCAUUACCGAUGGCAAAGAUAUGUUUAAUAGCGACUCACAAGAAGCAACAGCGAAUGUAUGUGUCUUUGCGGACAGUGAGGUGAGAAUAUUUCCUAUAUUUUUCGUUCUUACUGAUUUCUUUCGAUGUAAACAGCGUAGGGGCAAUCGGUUAGGGAACUUGGAAAUACUUUAUUUUUGUAUUCAUUUGGUAUCUGACUUUGUGAUCGAAGAAUAUCUUUAGCUGGCAUUAUUAAUUUUUGCGCAAUUGUUUGCGCUUUCUCAGCUCGAGGAAGUAACCCACGAUCCCUCUCUGUCUAAUAUUUCCCCGCGCUCGAAACAUCAUUAGGAUAAAUAAACAGAAAAAUGCAAGGAAUGAGAGUUGCGAGAUCUACUUUGUCUGCAACGGCAAAUGCUCAGAGUGAUCAUGCAAAAAAAGAUUGGUUUCAGAAAAGUACACUUGUGAUCAGAGUAUAAAUUAUAAAUUAAUUUCUGUACUUUGUGUGUUCGAACUUCACUUUGAAAAUCUUUGGUACACAUAUGUAUGUGUAGUGCAGUACAUGGUUCCAUUUUCUAAAAGAAUCCUAAUCGCCUGAUCGUUUUUCUGCUCUGCUCGAUAUGUUCGAGUACUUAAGCUGUCAAACGAAAUCUGUCAUCUCUGGUGGCUUCUUCUGAGGGCAGGUGUCACCGGUUUUAAAAUUUGGGUUCUCAUCGUCAGUGAAAACCAUUUUAGGGUUCAUUUACAUAUGGCAAGUUACUCCCAGAUCAUUUAGUGAAAUGCAUAAUUUAUUCAUUUUGCGGGCAGGUGAUUUUAUUUAUUGAAAUAAUUGCUUGGGAGGAAAUCAUUAUCUUAUUCAGCCAGUCAAGUCGUAGCAAUCAAUUAGUUUGGCUUCACAAUUAAAUAUCACUUCUUUUGUAAUUUCCCUUAUUUCUGUGAAAAUUUGACAGCUUAAAACUAAAAAGUGGAUUAAUUAUGAGUAAAUAUUUUACGUUUGAACGGGAUAAGAUUGCUUUCUCAAGUAAAAGUCUUAAAAAGGAGAUCUUCAGAUAACUUUUUCCUUGUUUUGAAGUGAUGUAUUACUGUGGUUUGGGUAAAAAUUUAAAUCAAUUGUGGUUUACCUGUUAUUUUUUCUUUUAUUUUCUCAUGUUACGUGAUUGUAAUAGGAUAAGUUUUACCUCAAAUCAGUUGUGUUGAAGGGUGGAGUGGGAGGGGGGGUUUGUGACUGGUUCCUCUGAGGUGCACUGGUUGCUGGUUGCAUAGUGAACCAACAAACCUUUAAUAUUAUAUAGUGGACAAUCGUUCUAUGAGUGCAUAUUGGAUUUUAAAUGAUAGAUAGCUAAGCCAGGUUGGUAAUAAUAGAUUCUCAUAUCCAACAAGCGGGAGUCGAAUAAAAGUUUUAUUAAAAGUAAUAAAAUAAUAAUUUUAAUGUAUGUUGUAUGAUAAAACAUGUUUUAUGCUGAUGUUACCUGGAAGUAAGAAAUUAUAAAAACUUUUGUCUUUACUCACUCUGGGUACAGAUAAAACUGUUGUUGCUGUUUCUGUAUAAUAAAUUUGCAGUAUUAGGUGCUACAAUUACAAAGACAUGAUACAUAAUUAUGUUGAGACUAUGUAGCACAAUGAAUAAUUAUUAUAGUUGUGUGGUUGCAUGGAUAGAGUGAGGUUUACCCAGAGUGAAGGCAACAAGGAAAAUUAAUAGGACCAAAAUUAGGGGCCAUUUAAUGAACAAUUAUUUCAUGAGUGCUUGUGGGAUAUAAGAUGGUAAAUAGCCAACAAUGCAUAUAGCACCAAGUUUGCUAUGACUUAUCUCAUAUCCAACAAGUGCAAAUGGUAUAAUUGCUCUUUUGAAUUUCAGUCAAUCCUGAACUUUGGACAUUUGGAGCUUUUUUUUGGCUCCACAACAGUUGGCAUAAUGCUUUCCAUGAAAGGUGACUUUGAAUAUGAGGUGAUAACCAGAGUUGAGUGAAACAAUCAGAAGAAUAGAAUUGCAAUAAUCAGCCUGGAGGGUUAAAAAUUUAGUAAUUAACAAUUAUAAUACUGUUCCAUAAAAUAAGUUUUCUUUGUGGAGUAAACUUGCAAAAAUUUUGUUUUGUAGGUUGACAGGAGUCCGACAGGAUCAGGAGUGACAGCACGUAUUGCAGUGCAGUAUGCACGUCAACAAAUUGGCUUGCAUGAGAUGCGUGUGUUUGAGCAAGGUCUGGUUGGUUCACAGUUCACUGGUCAGGCUGUGAAGGAAACUAAGGUUGGGGACUUUGAUGCUGUUCACGUAGAAGUUGCAGGCAAUGCAUAUUACACUGGGAAAUGCACAUUCACUGUAGAAAAGGAUGAUCCUUUUAGAGAUGGAUUUCUUCUUAAAUAG